GAACCCAAAAUGGCGGCUACAUUUGCUCGAAAAACUUGUUCUCUUGUCACUUGUUUUCCUGCCCGUGUUUCUGAAUGUUUCUGUCCUUGUACGUUACUGAACGUUUCAAGAAUGCAUUUGAGAUAUAAGGGUCACAGUAAAUGGCAAAAUAUUAAAUUCAAGAAGGCACACAUUGACUUUGCUCGAAGCAAGGAAUUUGGAAAACUUUCGAUGGAGAUUAUUACAGCUGUUAGGGGUAAGGAUAAGUCUAUCAUUUAAGCUUACUUUACAGUGAAAUAAAUAGUUAUAGACAAUACUAUUGAGUUUAAUUUAAUUACGACUCAUAAAGGCUGUAAAGAAAAAAAGAAGGAUAUUUCAAGAGUAUAUCUACCGUCCGAGGCAAAGGACAAAAUAUGGGGUGGACCAUGGCCCACUCCAUGGGGUAGGCCAUAGGGUAGGUCAUGGUGUGGGGAUGGUCAAUUUUCCAAAAGAGAAAAAAAAAAUUAAUCAUUAUAAACAAUACUUAUGCUACCAAUUUUAUUAAUUUUAUAUUAAAUGAAUAAAAUGAAUAUUAUUGGGCCCUUUUGUAAAUCAUGUUUUUAAUUAUGAUUUUACAAUAUUAUCAUCACACCACCCAAGGGGUGGGUGGGUGUCGUGGUACAAAGCUCUUUCUUUCUUGGUUGAAAAUUUAAAAUUUGAUGUGUUGGAUUUUGAGAAGAAGGAAAAAUAAGGGGUCUCGUAGAAAAAUCCCCCAGAGCAACAGGCAAGGAGCCAACAACAAACUGAACAAACACUGAGCAUCGACACUGGGAUGCAAACCUGGCCACAUUGGUGGCAGGCGAGUGAUCUUAACACUUGGUGCGACCUUUGCUCUCCUGGGAAAUAUAUAGAAUGACACAAGUCUUUUUCCCCUUUUUUUUGCAGGAGGUUAAUAGCACGUAUGUAUAAUAAUCAUAUAAAUAUUAUUGUACCAGUCCGUGCACAGGUGUGAGCAGCCCACUGCCUUCUUGUAUGAUGUACAAAUUUCUAUAAAUUAAGUUAUAGUAUCAUUAGUGACAGGUGCAUGAUCAACAUAUUAGAAUAUAUAAGUGUUACAGGUCAAAAUUAAAUUCAGGUUAAGGAAAUAGACAGUCAACCUAGGUUAAAAAAAUUUAAUUUUGACCUGUGAUAUAAGCACUAUACAAGUACAUCUUUACAUUUUGGCUGGUUGCUUACAGGAGUUUUGAAUUGCUUUGCAGUUAUUUUUUAUUCAACUAGUGGAUGACUUUUCUUUUUCAGAGUCAGGGCCAGAUGUUAAGUUUAAUAGUCGCUUGGAAGGUCUUAUUGAAAAAGCAAGAACCAUAAGCAUGCCAAAAGAAAAGAUUGAAAAUGCAAUCAAAUCUGGGACAGGGGUUAGUUUAAACUUAAUAGUUCUUCAGGAAGUACUGGUACUUGCUCUGCUGCUUUCAUUUAUCAUUUGUCUUGACUAGUCAUUUUUAUGCUAAAAAUAAUUUAUGUUAAAAAAUAUGCUAAAAAAUAAAACUUUUUCCUUAGUAUUAAGUGUUUUGGGAUUGCACCUACAUUCAUACUACCGCUUUUAUAUUGUUAGUAAGUCUUAGUCUUUAGCUCUCAUUAACUAUUUUCUUCAUUUUCUCCCUUCUCUUUCACCCUCGUCCCCAUGGAUUAUUUUCUGUUAGAAAGUAGGAGAGGCAGGAAAAGGCCCUUAGCUGGCAUUAGCUGUUAAUAUCUCCCCUCAGACGCCCCAAAAUUGUAAUGUGUAAUAAAUUUUGAGCUCUGUGUGAAAUGCAAUAUAAAGCUCAAAUCAUGCGUACCGCACUGUACACAACCUGAGGUCCCAGGGAGGAGUUGGGGGUACUCAACAAAGUCUUAUACUGGAAGGCUCCAUUCCAAGGGAGUCACUCUGUUACCCUUUUAUAUACCAUUUUUGACAGAAAGGGUACCCCUUUUGUGUACCCUCCAUUUAAAAAUGGUACCCCUUUUACAUACCGUUGCAUCCCUUUUAACUGCUGAAAAUGCACUAUUUUUGAAAUAUGAGUAAAUCACAAAACCUGACAUUUUUUCAACUUUUUCCCAGCCAGAAAAUACAUCUGUUAGCCCUCUCAGGCCUUUGUACAGUGACUGAAAUGGCUGAUUCCACUACCCUUGCCAUAUUCUUCAACUACCGGUAGUUGUAUCCCUACCCAUUUAUAUACCUGAAGCCUAAAAAAGGUACCCUUUCAGGCAAGACCUCCCUGUAGAGGCCAUUAUAGGGAGUAUCACCCGCAGCCUAAGGUGGCCUUUUACAUCUUUGACUUGAGGCAAGUGUACAUUGUACAGGAUAAUUAUUCCUUCUCCUUCUUUUUUUCCCUUGAGUUCCUUUCUUCACUCCCAAUACCUAAUGCAUGUAAAUAAAUAAAUGAUGUCAUGUCCUCUUUACUAAGACUAAAGAUAAUCCUUAUGAAGCAUCUUUGUUGGAGAUAAAGGGUCCUGGUGGCUGUGGUUUGCUUGUCCAGAUACUUACAAGCAACAAAGUUAAAACAAAGAAUGAAAUGAAUACUAUUCUUCGCAAAAAUGGGUAAGUGUCUCUAGAACUUCUACACAACCAGGGGUUGUCAGGAGUGGAGCCAGGAAUUUUUUAUUGAAAAGGUCUAAACUUGUUCAAGGCCUAUACAAAAUCAUUUCUACCCUUUCUGGCAUGCAUUUACUCAUUAUUUUCUAGUAUAGAUGUGACCCUUUGGGCUACCAAAUUCAGUUUCAAUGUUUCUGGUCAGAUGGGUUCUUUAGGGUGGCUGAGACCCGCUGACCAUCUCAUGAAUCCAACAUAAGGAGUGCAGACUUUCCCUGUGUGAGCAGAUGAUAAUAAUAUGAAAAUUACUAAUAGGUCAAAACCCUCAAACAAUUUGCUCUUAACAAAAAUCAGUGGACUAUAUUAACCCUUUCAGCCUUAGUAUCCCCAUCUAAAUUCUGCUGCUGAUUGAUGUCUAUACAGAAUUAGUUAGGGAAAUUCCGUUAAAGAACAAAGCAUUUCCCUUUAGGUGAUCAUUUUUUUUUAUUCUAAUAACCUUCCUCUCUUGUUUUUGUAUUGAUACUGUAGGAGAAAAAUUGAUGUUGGUCAUGCUUGGUACUUUGUAAGGGUUAAUAUAUGGGGGUAUUGAUCAGUAAGAUUAAAAAACAUUCAAGUUAGACAAUCAUGAUACACCUCAGUUUUGGAAGUAACAAGAAAAAAACCGGUAAUUUAUGGAGGACAAAUUGAAAACUGGAGACCGGAGACUAGAGACAAACUAAAGGGGUGAGAACAGAUGUCAGAAUGUGAAAGUGCACCGCUCUGCUGUCACAUCAGGCUUUAACAAACUCACACUACCCACUCAGGCCUAUCCUGCUAGGAUAGCACAGGUCAGAUAAACCAGACUCCUGGGAUUACAUCUUCUUAUUACAUUAUUUUAUAUCUGUUUUAGGGGCAUUUUCAAGGAUGGUGGAUCAGUCACUUUUCAGUAUGAUUACAAAGGUAAUGAUAAUUUAUAAUGGUAAUUGAACUGAGUGGAGUGCAAUUUGGUCUGAAAUCAUACGCGUGAUUUCAAAGUCGAACGAGCGCGCAGUGCGAGUUCGAUUUGAAAUCACAAGUAUGAUUUCAGACCAAAAUUGCACGACACGAAGUUCAAUUACCACUUUAUUACAUCCAUUUUGAAAUCGCAGGAUUUAGUCAGUACUAACUAAAGGCUUUUACAUCUCAUUUUGUAUUCGAAACAGAAAUGAUGCGAUAUAGAACAAAAAUGGUGCGAUCUAAAACAGAAAUGAUGCGAUUUAGAACAUGAAUGACCCGAUUUGGAACAGAUGUGAUUUAGAACAAAAAAUGGUGCGAUUUAGGAAUAAAUCACACUGCUGAGAGCCAAUCAGAUUGCCUGGAUAGCCAGUGAUUUCAAAGUGGAUGUAAUAAAUAAUUUAAAUGUUUUAAAUAUUUCAUGGGCGUGUAUAAUAUGUCUUGGUUUAAUUUCAUUCUUGGUUUAAAUUUUAUUUUCUUUUGUUUCAAAGCCGUUAACAUACAGUACCAUACCCAAAAACAAAGAAAAUAAAAUUUACCGAAGGAUGAAAUUUAACCACAACAUAUUUAUGUCAACAGGGAAGUGAUAUAUUUUUAAUUUUCGCUUUAUUUUAUGAGCUCCAUAGAUAAAAAUUCUAACAUUUGGCACUAAGUUUUAGGAUUAUAAAAUUUGUUACUGAUGACAAUUAGGAGGACUGAUAUCUUUUUUUUAAAGUUUGUUGACAUCACAAGCAAACAAACAAUUUAUUUUUUAGAAAAAUUAAGGUUUCAAGUUACUGCUUGUAGUGAUUCAUUUUCUUUUUAAAUUUGAACAGGAGUUAUAAGUGUUGAAGACUUUCUUUAUACAGAGGAUAAACACAACUUGUCAGAGUAUCCAGAUGAUGACUCUGUUGAAAAAGUGAGUUAUUGAACCAUAAUAAGGAUCAAGUUUCUUUAUUUGAUUACCCAGACAAGCAUUCUAGUAGCAUUUUAAUGGGGAGCUUAAUCAACCAUAACGAGGAAGACAACAACUGUGUCAAAAACUCUUAUAAAUUAUUUGUUGUAUGAGCAAAACAGCUCUGCACAUGCAGCACGUUUUUUAGUACAUUUCUUAGAUGUCCACUCCAUGACUAUGAUGUGAAACCUCCUAAUGCAACAUUUUAUGGAGGAAAUGAACAUACGAUAAUGAAUUUUCCUUCCUCUUUUUGAACCAGGAUAAAAUCUUAAGAAUUCAACUCCAGCGGGUCCAUUUUUGUUGCUUAAGUGCCCUAAUGAUAUCAUAGUGAAAAUGGUCUAUUAUUACCGACAUUUAUUUUUAAAAGUUAAGGCUGUGAUGUUUCCACGACAACCAUAUUAACUUUAAUUGAAGUAGGUAGAUGUUAUAGUCUCGAUUAAUAUUCAGUGUAAGUGUUUUUUUACAAGAGAUGAAACCUUUAUGCAGUUUUAGUUACUGGUAAAAUAAUUAAUGGUCUUUUCUCUGCAGGCUGAAGAGGUAGCUAUAGAAAGUGGGGCAGAGAAUCUGUUCUUCUGUGAGUCAGAAAAUGAUACAAAGAUUAUAAAGGUAUAAUUUUGAAAUAAUUUAUAUGCAAAAACUUGGCCCUAUGUUUAAUUUAGCAGGUUGGAGUGGAGUUUAUAAUAGUCUCAAAUGAUGUUCUAUUUCAUUUCAUUGAUAGUUUAAGUUAAUAAUGAUAUGCUAAUCAUAGGUUAUUAAUCACUAUUUUGAUAUUGUAUUUACUUCAAAGACUAUACACACACAGACCAGAAAUGUGGCUGAAAAAGAUGCCACAGAGAAAAAGAUUUUGCCCAAGUAUAAACAACACUGAACAGUAUCCACCUAAUUGCCUAGAGUUCCUGGACCCUAGGGUUAAAAGGAUUGCUCAUUAUACCGACAUACCCCCUUACAGCACUCCCUGUCGAUUCUUGAAUGCUAUUGUUCUGUCUAUUGUAGUCUUCUGCGAAAAGUUGGGCUUACAAAACUUCUGAAACGAUUUAAACCUUAAGUAGAAAGCAAAAAUUAAUGUAAGACUGCAACAGAAGCAUUCUUGAAUGAAAUGCUAAAUUUGUCUUUGUUUUUUUUUAUUUAUUACAUUUCAGUUCAUAUGUGCUAUUGAGGAUACGAAGAAAGUACAUGACGACUUAUCAGAAAAGUUUCCAAAGAAGAUUCUUUCUUCUGAACUUGAGUAUAUUCCACGAACACUUGUUUCUCUGUCAGAGGAACCUUUACAACAAGCAGAGAAACUAAUAGAUACUCUUGAAGAUCAUGUAGACGUUGUGCGAGUUUAUGAUAAUAUUGAACAUUACCCAAGUACCACAUGCAAGCUGUUUGGUUCUACAUGACCAGAUUGCCUUGGUGAAGGCCAGCUGUCAAUGAAUGAAAGAUGUCUGUUUUUAAUUAGUCUCUAGGCCUUCUUGGGGUCAGUUGAAAAGUUCUCUUCACGACAAGUUUUUUGUCCUUGUCUGAGAUGACUGUAGGCCUCAUUUUACCUACAUAGUCUCCUCACAUAACCCCAAGGAAUACAAUGUUAGCCUUUUCCAGGCAUUCAGAUGGUGGAGUCUGGGUAAGAAAUAAAGCGAGCCAAAAAGGGGAGAGGCUAGAUGAAGGUGAAAACAGGACUGCCAUGAAGCACCAGGGAUGGAGGACAUUUUAAUGCCUUUACAUGAAAUAGCCUUGACAAAAAUUGAAAUGGCUAAAUGAUAUGUUAUCAU